CCCGCUCAAAUAAAAUUUUCUCUUCUACUUAAUUGAUAAUAAUUUUAUCCCCAAUACCAUUUGAAAACUUUAAGACGAUUUAUUCCUUUGUUCCUUUCAGCUUGCCAUCCAAUAUUCCUUUUCCACUGCAUUAUGAUUUACGAGUAAUAUUUUCGCGCGUUUACAGUGUUAAAGAAUUGGACGAGGGAGAGUUUGUUUACGAAUUGUGCACAAUAUUUAAAUUUUAAUAAUAAUGGACAGGCGUAAAUUACAAUCCAGAAAUGUAUUGCACAAAAAACUUUAUUCCUCAAGUCAGACAUCAGUGAACGUUGCUUCAAGUUUGGCAAAAGAGAAUAUUAUUAGGUCUGCGAGUGCGGUAGAUAGCCGAUUUAUAUCCCGCAAACGUAAAAAUUCAGAGGAUGAAGAUGAAAAGAAAAAUUUAUCUCUCAAGUCUUCUCGCAUGACGCCUGAAAGUGUUAGGAAAAAGAAACGUAAUCAUAUUAUUGAUGAUGAUAAUGAUGAUGACGAUGAUGAAAACGAUCAUGAUAAUGAUGACAAUGAUAACGAUAGUGAUAACGACAGUGAUAAUGUUAAGAAAAGAUGGAAUAAUAUUUUUCCGAUGCGUCUGUCAAUGUCAAAAUUACACGCUAAAGGAGAAAAACAUAACAAGCUUUCAAAACCAAUCAAACCCAAUUUUACUAAAAAAUUACAAAAUAAUUUAAAUUACAAUGAUACAAAAGAAGAAAGUGAUUCGAGUGGUGGAUCAUAUAUAAGAGGAAUGUUGGAAGCAUUGGACAAAAGCCCUUCAAAAUUGAGUCAAAGUUCAAACACUUCCUUUGAUAAGUAUCGCAAACCUAAUCUGAGAACACCUAUUCGUUCUAAGCUUAAAAAAUCAGCAUUAAAUUUAACGAUUGAGAGAUAUAAAGAGGCAGCUACUAAAAGUUCACAGGAAUCGCUUACUGGCUCACAGAUCAAAAAAUUAACUUUAAAUAAAUCGAUGGAACAAAGAUCGAAAAAGAAUAAUGAUUUGGAUAAUGAAGAAAACAGUUAUUCUCUUGAAUCAGAUGCAUCGGUAGUAGAAAAUGAUUUACAAGAAAUUCCUAGUCUAUCUCAGACAAAUCAAAACAAUCACGACGAUAUUGACACAAGUCCUGUUAACAAUUACAGCAGCAAUGGAAUAAUAAAAAAAUUUACAAAUUUUAUUAACGAAGUAGGAAUUACCUUAUGUCUUGGCGAUAACUUACAUAUUGCAAACGAUGACCCUAGAGAAAUUAUACAAAAAAUGAAAAACAUUUUAUCUUCAAAUAAUUUGAAAAUAGAUGAAAUUGUUAAAUCAUGGAAUAAUUAUAUAAAUGAUGAAGAAAAUCUGAAAAAGACUUUAUUAGAAAUGAAAAUAGAAACUGCCGAAGGAAUAGGAAUUUGCUCAAAAGCUUUAUCUCUAUCACGAUUUUUACUUCAAAUUCCUCAAUUGCAAAUUAAAAUAUUUGAAAGUUUAUUUACUAAACUGAUCGAUGCUGUCAUCACAAGUGAUUCAUCCGACGAUGCACCAUGGGCAGUUCAAAUGUUCCAACAAUUUAGAUUUUUAGAAAUUAUAGUCGACUCGGACUUUUUGAUAGCAAAACUCGAGGAACUAUUAAGUUCUUCUCCUGAGUGGUACCAACGCGAAGUCAUAGUUUUUAUACCCGAUAUUAUCACAGAUACUCAUCAUCACGCCACAGCUGAAAUGCUUAUCAAAAUUAUGAAAAACAGUAGUGAUUUGACAAAUCUUAUUUUAGACUGUAUAAAUAACUUAAUAUUGAGCAAGGAAUAUAAAGAAGAACUUAGAGAGCAUGUUUUAGAAUUACUAGAUAAUAGUAUCGAUAAGAAAGUACUUCCUGCUAUUACAAGGUUUAUUCUUGAUGCGUGCGCUACAGAGUCAAUUGCAUUAAAAUCUUUAAAUGCACUGAGGCUAGUUGAUAUGACAACUUCUGUUCAAAAAGAAAUUGACGAAUGCCAUACAAUUCAGAUGUUUAUGAUAAAUGCUAUAAAAAUAAAUAUACAACUUUUUAAAGAGACAUCUCAAGCUGCUUUAUCAAUGAUUAAAAAUUGUCAGUCUGAAGCAGUACCUCUGGAUAUUAUCAUAUUGAUAUUACUUUAUGAGACAACAGUUGUAAAAAAGAAGAUAAUUGAAACAACUCUUAUUUCUCAUAUUAAGGAUGGUUAUUAUAAAGCAAAUCUUCUCAAUGCACUUUAUACGGGACAUAAGCAAGUUGUAAAAAAUUUUCAACCGACUGCUUUGAAUCUGGCAAUUAAUCUUUUGAAGGCUGAAAGCUCUGCUCAUGUGGAGUUUGGAAUCGAAUGGUUACGAAAUAUUUUCAUCAGUCAAUCCGAUACUUCUUAUAAACAAAGAGAAGUGCUAGAAAAAUUGCUCAAUCUUAUGGGUAAUAAGAAUAAAACAGUGAAAAAUGCCCUUGAAGUACUCUGCAGAAUGGCUAAUGAUGAGACGGAGCGUCAGUAUUUUCAGCAACAUGCAGGCUUUCUUAGAUGUUUUUUAGAGAAAAUUGAUAAUUUACAGUUCGAUGAAGUAGCCAUGUUGUAUCAUUUACUUCAUGGAUUGUGCACUCAAUCAGAAUUAAUUUCAAAUAUUUUAAACGAUGAUUUAACUAUAAUAAUGCAGAAGCAAUUAUGUAGUUCAAAAGUAAUAACUAAAUGCAAAGGAGUGCUUGGAGCAGUAAUGGCUAUAAAACAUUUAGCUGUUAAUAAUGAAACAAAUGAUCAAGCUUCUCAACUUCUCAAAAACACUCUAUAUUGUUUGAAAAGUUGCGUAAAAUCGCAAGCUUUGUUCUAUGAUCAAUUAGGCCAAGUUAUUACAAAUACUGAUAAUAUCGAUGAUCAAUUUUUAUCCGAUAUAACGAAUUUUUUUGAAGACAAUUUUAUAAAUAAUUGCUUAGUUGAAUGCAACAAUGACAACAAUUUGGUACCAAAAUUUGGUCUAAAUAAUGCUAAUAUGGUAGAUAGUUAUUACGUUCAUUUUGGAAGUGGCAAAACUGGAGCUUUUGUACCUGUAUUUUUCAAACUUUUACGUAUUUGUAAUUUACGUUUGAGUGGAAGCUUGGAAAGUAUAAAUGCUGUAUUAGGUUGUUCAAUUUUGAUGCCAGAAGAUUUGAAUAUGCCAGAGCCAUCGACAGCAGACUAUAUUAUACAUUGCAUAAAUUGGUUUAGAGAAAUAAUUGGAGGAUUUGUAACGCAAAAAGAAACUUUGUUACGGGAGCAAGUUUUAAAGCGUUUAAACAGUUUGAUGAAUUUACAAGGUGAAUUGGUCACGAUAUUAUCAAUGUGCGAAAGUCGAUAUCAACCACCACCGUGUUAUUUUCAUCAUUUUCCCAUUCCUCAAUUUGUUAAAAUGGACAUAAAGGUUGGAAAGAAGGGAAAUAAAAGAGGUAAAAAGAAAAAGAAAAUAGAGGAUGAAGAGAAAGAUCAGUCGGAUCUGACUCUAAAUAGGAGUAUAUUAUUACCAGAAUGGGAAAAUUGGGUAGUAGGAUCGGAACUUACAAUUAAAAAUCCAGUAUUUUUCCGACAAAUGGAUACAAAAAUUAUAAAUCUUUUGGAUACCAAUAUGGAUAUUGAAUCAUCUCAAACGUCUUCUGAAAACAUUACAAUAGCCCAAGUUUGUUUUAUAGUCAAAGAACUCUUGGGUAUGUUUAAGAAUCAGUUGUCCGAAAGUUUUGUGAAAAAUUUGAUUCAGUUAUUGCCAAAGAUUUGUGCGAAAUUAAAGCAAAUCAUAACUGAUUUAAGAGAAUGCGAAAGAGCUCACGAAAAAGAAGCUGUACAGUUACUUCUAUGUCUUUUAAUUACUUUAUUUAGUUGGGAUGAGUUCAAGAAUGUUAAAUAUAAUUUAUUAUUUUGUGAUGGUCUUAGAAGCUUAAUAGGAAUGACGAAUGAAUCAGGCGCUUCAUCAAAAUCUCAGAAGGAUCUUAUCGCUCAAGCAUAUUCAUAUUUUGAAUCAUUAGCAGAUAUUGCAACUCAAAUUUCGAUAGCUGUUGCUCUUGUAAAUAUGUGCAAUUGUCUAAUGAAGCAUUCGGUAAGCUUUAUAGAACAGUCGAGAGAAAGACAAGCAAAAAUGGCUUUUGGCUUCUUAAAUCUUGAAUGGAACAAUGAAACUCAUGGAGCUCAAUAUAAAAAUGCAAUCAAGGAAUUAUUAAAAAUGUGGUUAGAUAACGAAGUUGAUCCAUUGGAAACGGUAAAUUCAAUUUUCGAAUGGUUACCUAUGGAAGUAGAGCAGUUUAAAGGGCCGCAAUCACGUUUAAGUAGAUUGGCUUCGAUAACUAAGUCGAACUUCUAUCUUCUAUUCAAGCAAUUGUUUGUUAGUCUUGUGAAAGGUGUUGAUUUGUCUUUAAAUUUAGCCGAAACAGAUCCCGAGCGGCUACAAGUAUGGUUGAACGUUGCUACGUGCUUAGAGAAAAUGGCAAAUAUAUGCAAAUCCAAUAAAAAUAAUAUAUAUUUAGUACUCUUUCUCCGAUAUACAACAAUAUUAUAUCAAUUACUUCUUACUUCCGGUAUGAAGCUGUUAGAAGCGAAUAUUAAAUAUCAAACAGAAAAAGUUUUAAGUGUAAUAAAACAUUUCCAAAUAUCAGGAAGAUUUUUAAGAGAUAUCUUUUGUACCGCCAGAAAAGAUAAGAAUGUAACACUUUUGAAAUUAAUACCAAUUGCUAAGUCCAGGCGAGAAAAAUUUAUUUAUAGAGUCAAAGGAUUGUUGACUGCAAAUAAUUCUAUUAGUGCAUUCUGGAUGGGCAAUUUACUUAAUAAAGAUUUGGAUGGUGAAGAAAUUCCAACAGACUCGCCAGAGGAUGUCACUACUGAUUUAAACAUAACAAAUGAAAGUAACGCAAACGAUAAAGAAUCUGAUAUUUUUUACAGUGACUCGGAUGAAGAUGAUGACGAUGAUAAUUAAAAUUGAAAAUUGUUAAUUUAGCAGAGUU